CCAGACGAUAGUUGAUCGGGAAGAUCAGCAUUAACUUUUAUUGACUUUCGUUGACUUUCGUUGACUUUUUCAUUGAUUUCUCAGCAGUUGCCAACGCGAUGAAUUGGUCCACAGCGUUGGAGCCAGAUUGUUCUGCAUCUAUCUGCACGCAUCUGAAUCUCUGGGCAGUGACCGUUUUUCUGCAUACCAGUUACGCUUUAAUUAGCGUAAAUCUGCAUAGUAACACAUAUUAUUGCUUUUGGGCGUUGAUUUCGCUUUGAAAUUUCAGAUUGGAUUUGUUGUGCCGACGCUCGCGUUAUCAAUCGAGACCUUACCGCUAGAGC